AGAAGAGAGGAGCAGGCACGCGUGCUCACUUCGGGGUUGCCUCUGUUUCUCCUUCCUACGCUCCUGCAGGUUGGCUAGGCACGAGAAGGGAGAGGUGCACACCUUCCCAGCUGCAUGUUUCUUGGGGUUCAUCAAGAGCAGGGCAAGCAGGCGAAGACUCUCUACUCUGGGGCUGCUCUGGUAGGAAGAUGAUGGACCCCUGUGAAUGUGCCAGCCAGAGGAAGCCCAGCCUGUCCUUUUCCAUUGAGGAGAUCUUAAAGAAACCUUCUGCCAGCACCACCAGCAAUGAAACCAGGAGCAGGAAUAGCUACGCUGGGAGAUCUCCAGCUCUAAAAGCAGAAUCACCAUGGGCCUUUGAUUUCAGCAGCAGGAGUCAAUUAGAGAAUGACUUCCCUUCAGAUAAAAUGCUUCUCCCUGCCAUGUGUGCUACCCCCAUGGCCAGAGCAAAGAAAGUGCAGGCAGCUCACUGCAGGAGAGCUACUGAGAGCCCAGCUUCCUUCCUGGGUGAGGACACAGGACAUGAACACCUGGAAGGCAAAAGAAAACAUGAGGAAGAGGAAGACCAACUGUGUGAUUUCCCAGUGGACCAUCCUCUUCAUGUUGAGAGGAAAGGGAAACGGAGAAUCCGGACAACAUUCACAGCUGAGCAGCUUCAGGAACUUGAGAAGAUUUUCCAAGUGACUCACUACCCAGAUGUCCAUAUUCGCAAUCAGUUGGCAGCAAAGAUUAACCUACCAGAAGCCAGAGUUCAGAUCUGGUUCCAGAACCAGCGAGCCAAGUGGAGGAAACAUGAAAAAUUUGGCAACUUUGGUGGCCUUCAGCAUCUGACAGAAGUUGAUUUCAUUCCAGCUCCCAAGUCAGAUAUUACAGCUCCUAGCUUGAUGCCGAGGAAGCUUGCAGCUACCAUCCCUUCCAUAGGAUACUACUCACCACUACAAGGGCAGCUGACAACUACUUGGCUCCCCAGCACACUCUCCUACAUCCCCCACCACUUGGAGCUGCUGCCCUUACCAAAACCAUACUUGUUCUUCAACGUCCUCCCUGCCUACAGUGCACCACGCUCCCACAAGAUAGAACAGAGCAGUAUCUCUACAUAGACAAGGAUGUGGAGGAGCAGGGGACUUGGGGAGCAUGCCUUUAUCAUCCAUGACAGUUUGCAGGAGGCAGGUGCUCUCCUCAAGCAAAUGUGCUGAGAUGAUAAAUGGCAUGAAGUACCAACACAAGAAGCUGCAGUCUAGUGAACAUUGACAAGAGCCACCAUGGACUGGGGAAGGAGAUCCGUGUUGAUCAGAGGAGCAGCAUGUUCUGCAGAAACCAAGCCGUUCAACCCAGAGCAUCUCCCUGGAGGGACAGCGCAUCGAACUGAAUGGUCCUGCAAAAGAACUUGACUUUUACUCAGCCCUGAGAUAACCACAUGACUCAAUUGCACCGAUGCCUUGGAGAAGGAAAUAUACCUGCUAUGAGGAGUAUGUAGCCCCAAAGUCGGGCCAAACAGGAUUUUCCUCCAUAGUUGCUUUCCUUGGACAUGCUGGUCUUUACUUGGGGAGGAGCAAAGAACAUGUUUAGGUCAAAAUAUCAGAC